CCUCACUGUUCAUGUUAAAGUAAACUCACUUUUGCACCCUUCCAGCUCCAAAUCAACCAAAAAUAUCAGAUUUUUCCAUCUCCCCGAUUCGGCGAGAGAAUUCCGGUGUCAAUUCCACUCCCAUCUCCGGUCCCAUUUUCAAAGAUUUCCGGAGCAUUCUGCAAUAUUCCCGCUUCCAUCCAAAACAAACCUUUAAAACCCAUCUUUCUUCUUCUCCCUCCUUUUCAAUCUGACCCGAUCCACCUACAAAUGGGUUGGUCGUGGUGGUUUCUCCUUAUCUCUCUCCUUUCUCCGUCCCUCACGGCGACAUCAUCGUCGUCCUCACCGAUCUCCGAUCUAUUCGAAACCUGGUGCAUAGAACACGGAAAAACCUACGAUUCGGAAGGUGAGAGGUUGUAUAGAUUUAAGGUUUUUGAAGACAACUAUGCCUAUGUUACGACCCACAACAAUAUUGAUAAUAAUUCAUCGUACACACUAUCUCUUAACGCCUUUUCUGAUCUUACCCAUCACGAAUUUAAGGCUUCCCGGCUCGGCCUAUCAUCUGCCUCCGGCGAAAGAUUGAGAAACAUUAACGUUGACCAUUCAUUUAUUGAGGUUAAUGACAAUAUUCCUUCGGCUGUGGAUUGGAGGAAAAAUGGAGCUGUUGUUGGAGUCAAAGAUCAGGGCAGUUGUGGGGCAUGUUGGGCAUUUUCAACAACAGGGGCAAUUGAAGGUAUAAACAAAAUUGUAACCGGAGCACUCGUCAGCUUGUCUGAACAAGAGCUGAUUGACUGCGAUAAGACUUACAACAGCGGUUGUGGAGGUGGUCUAAUGGAUUAUGCGUACGAGUUUGUAAUAAAAAAUCAUGGCAUUGAUACAGAAGAUGAUUACUCCUUUCAAGGUGUAGAUAAGACUUGUAAUAAAGAAAAACUUAAAAGGUAUGUCGUGACCAUUGAUGAUUACGCUGAUGUUCCCCAGAAUAGCGAGAAACAGUUGCUUCAAGCGGUUGCAAAGCAACCCGUAAGCGUGGGCAUAUGUGGCAGUGAAAGAGCGUUUCAAUUGUACUCUAAGGGAAUAUUUUCUGGGCCAUGUUCGACGUCAUUGGAUCACGCUGUUUUGAUAGUUGGAUACGGUUCCCAAGAUGGACUCGACUAUUGGAUAGUAAAGAACUCAUGGGGGACGCGAUGGGGAAUUGACGGUUACAUGCACAUGCAACGAAAUACUGGGAAUUCUCAGGGAAUAUGCGGAAUCAACAUGCUGGCAUCAUAUCCAAUAAAAAAAGGCCCGAAUCCACCUCCGCCGCCUCCUCCUGGUCCAAUUAAAUGCGACCUCUUUUCGAGCUGUCCGAGUGGGCAAACAUGCUGCUGCGGUUCAAAAAUCCUGGGGAUAUGUUUUUCGUGGAAAUGCUGCAACUUGGAUUCUGCGGUUUGUUGUAAAGACAGCCAACAUUGUUGUCCACACGAUUAUCCCAUCUGCGACGUUAAGAAGCAACAAUGUCUCAAGAAAAAUGGGAAUGGGACAUUGGUGAAACUGUUGGAGAAGAAAGGUGAUUUCUCAAGCAAAUGGUUUUCAAUGAUUGAGGAUUGGAAUUUGUAGAUGUUACUUUAAUUUGUAAUUGUUAAUUUGUGUUAUUUGUACACUUACAAAGUAUUUAAGAUAUUAUUUGAUUAUGAAUAAAGUUGUGUU